CUCCUCUACAAAACCAAACAUGCCACCGCUCACUCCCACAAAGCUCUCCUUCCCCCUCACCUCCCCACUCCUCCACCACCUCCGCCCCUCCUCCUCCGCCACCAUGUCCUUCUCCUCCUCUUCUCCCCUCUCCAACCCCAAACAACAAGAGUCACAUGACCAAAACCUCUCCCAAGUCCUCAAAUACCACAACACCACCAAGCACCACUUCACCCGCUACGCCCGAGGCCCUCACGGCCUCGACUGGGCCAACCAGCCCAACCCCUUCCGCCGCUACCUCCCCGCCCCUCUCCUCCCUCUCCUCCACCCCACACCCUCCUCCUCCUCCUAUCCUUCCCCUCUCUACUCCUCCAUCUUCACCUCCCUCCCUCCUCCCCAGCCCCUCUCCCUCUCCUCCCUCUCCCACCUCCUCUUCUCCUCCCUCGCCCUCUCCGCCUGGAAAUCCACCUCCUUCUCCACCUGGUCCCUCCGCGUCAACCCCAGCAGCGGCAACCUCCACCCCACCGAGGCUUACGUCAUCUCCCCUCCCAUUUCGGACUCCUCCGCAUUCGUCGCGCACUACGCGCCCAAGGAGCACGCGCUGGAGCUCCGCGCGGAAAUCCCGCCGCGUUUCGCGGACUUACUCCCGAAAAACUCGUGUUUAGUUGGGCUGACGUCGGUUUUCUGGCGGGAGGCCUGGAAAUACGGGGAGCGGGCUUUUCGGUAUUGUAACCAUGACGUGGGGCACGCGGUUGCGGCGGUGGCGGUGGCGGCGGCGGAGCUGGGGUGGGAUGUGAAGAUACUUGAUGGGUUGGGGUGUGGGGAUUUGGAGAAGCUUAUGGGGGUUGGGGUGCCGGAGGGUUUCGAGAUUCCGGCGAGAGCUAUGAAGGGGAGGAUGCCGGAGAUUGAGUUUGAGCAUCCGGAUUGUGUGAUGUUGGUUUUUCCUAGUGGAGGUGGGAAUGUUGAGGUGGACUAUGAGAAGUUGAGCUUGGCGAUUUCGGGGUUUUCGGAGUUGGAGUGGAAGGGGAAGCCUAAUGUGCUUAGUAAGGAGCACAUAUGUUGGGAUUUGAUAUAUAAAACGGCCGAGGCAGUGAAGAAAGAGAGGGAUUUAGGGGCAAAGUUUUCGGUUGAUGAGUUUCCGAGUAGUGGGAGUUGUAGUGAGGAUUGCUAUAAGGGUUUUACAGUUAGGGAGGUUGUUAGGAAGAGGAGGAGUGCUGUGGAUAUGGAUGGGGUGACUGUAAUGGAGAGGGAUACGUUUUAUCAGAUUCUGUUGCAUUGUCUUCCUUCGGGGAGUGGAGUGAAGCAGAAGCGGCAGCUGGCAUUGCCGUUUCGUGCUCUUUCGUGGGAUGCGCAGGUCCAUGCUGCUUUGUUUGUUCAUAGGGUGAAGGGACUGCCGGAGGGGUUGUAUUUCUUGGUGAGGAAUGAGGAUCAUUUUGAUGAGCUCAAGAAAUCUAUGAAGUCUAGCUUUAAGUGGGUGAAACCUGAAGGGUGUCCGGAAGAUCUUCCUUUGUAUGAACUGCAGAGAACUGAUUGUCAGGCUGUUGCGGAAAGGCUCUCCUGCCAUCAGGAAAUUGCCAGCCAUGGCUGCUUCAGCCUUGGCAUGGUGGCUUGUUUCGAGCCACUAUUGCAGGACAAGAAAGUGUGGAUGUAUCCUCGAUUGUUUUGGGAGACUGGAGUUUUAGGUCAAGUGUUGUACCUUGAAGCACAUGCAAUUGGCAUUUCUGCAACAGGAAUCGGUUGUUAUUUUGAUGAUCCUGUGCAUGAAUUGCUGGGGUUGAAGGGAUCAAACUUCCAGAGUUUAUAUCAUUUCACAGUGGGAGGCCCAGUCAUCGAUAAGCGAAUUAUGAGUCUACCAGCUUAUCCUGGCCCUGGUGUUGAUGCCUGAAAACAGGGUUUUUAGUUGGGUGUAGAUUUUAUGUCAUGGUGUAGAUUUAUCAUCACCAUACUGCUUUUAUGUCAUGGUUGUAUAGAUAUAGAUUUACUAUUUAUCACCCGGCAAUAGAUGUUAACUGGUCAACAAGUGCAGUCAAGUGCUUAUGUACCUAGGAAUAGUUAGAACUGCUGAGCAUUAUUUCUUCAUUCCAUUGAAUGGCUUAGCCGCAUGCUUCUUAUGAUGUGUCAAGUAUUAUAAAUGGUUUCCACUCUAAAUGGUCUGCGGUUAUAUA